GCAGGAAAUAUCCCAGUGCACAAACCCUAUUUAUUAACAAGAUAAAACCUGAAAGCCAUCCCUGUGUCUCUGAACAUGACACAUUUAAUUCAGAGUUAAGCUCAAGUCUGUCAAGAGGAAAAUUAAUAAUUGCAUUAGCAUAUUGCCUAGCUAUAAUACUAGUAGUUUCAGUUAGAUCCUUGACAAGUACUCCAUUUUGGUCUCUAUCCAGUUCAGGCUUCUUUCCCUCCCUUUUUAAGCCCACAUCACCUUCCAUUGCCACCCAAAGAAAACCUCUCUCUCAAGUGUCCUAACAACUUCUCUCCAUCUCUCUGAAGCCAGCAAAUUAAACUCUCUUUCUGAAAAUUUCAGUACAGAGCUUCUGAAGAUUCUGAUCAUGGAAGGCUUCAUCCCGUUCAUCUACAAGGCCAUCGUGCAGUACAGGAAAGAAGGGCAGGUCUCCGUCGGUGACCUCUUCUUCGACGAGCCGUCGCCGUCGUCCUAUUUCCGCCUCCCCGGCGACUCCGGUCGGUACCAGCAGCAGCAGCAGGCGGCGAUGAGCGUCCUCUUCUCUCAGGCGACGACGGCUGAUUCCGACGCGGUGGCGCCGCGUCGGUCCCCGCUGCGGUGCACGGUGCAUCACCGUCGGCCGGCGACCGCAACACCAUGAAUCAUAUCAUGGUGAUGGAAGUGCAAGGUGGCAACUGGCAACAGAAGAAAUUAAGCAACUCAAAUGGAAGCAAAGCAAGUGAAGACUUGCUUAGGUGGUAGGAAUGGAGGUUGGUAGAUUAAUUGUGGUAUGCAUGCAGAUUGAGCAACUGUGAAUAUUAUACUAGCAUAAGUUGCAGUAUAUGUUACUGUUUUUUUUCUAUUUCUUUUCUUUUUAGAUUGUGAUUUGUGAAAAUGUGCAGAAAUGAUGCAUGGGUGCAAGUUCUCCCAAGGAGAUCUCUGCACCAUAAUUAGAGUGGAAAGUUGAGAGUUGUGUAUAGUGCCAUCGAGGAAUAUGGCAAUAAAAAAAGUGUGUACAUGUACAAAGCACGUAUAUAUACAUGCAUGGUUGCCAAAAAAAAGAGAGAGGAAAGUGUUAAAAUUGUA